AUGAGCGAUCAGGAGAACAAGCCCGAGGCCGUCGACGUCCCAAUGGCGGAUACCGAGGUCAAGGCUGACAGCGCCGACGUCACUGUCGAGGCCACUGAGGCCCCUGCCACCGAAGAGAAGCCUGCCGAGACUCAGCCUACAGAGGUCAAGGAGGACGCCAAGACUGAGAAGACAGAUGGUGCCAUCAAGAACCCUCCCUUGAACAUGCUCAAGGUCAAGCGUCCCGAAAAGGUCGAGAAGGGCAAGAGCCACAGCAAGUUUGAUGUCUCUGACCUGCCCGAGACAUCUGACCCCGACUUGAUUCGUCGCCAGGUCCAAUUCUACUUCAGUGAUAGCAACCUCCCCACCGACAAGUUCCUUAGCGGCCUCACUGGCCUUGCUGAGAACAAGCCCGUCCCACUCAAAACCAUCACCUCUUUCAAGCGUAUGCGCAGAUUCCAGCCCUACUCCGCCGUUAUCGCCGCUCUGAAGGACAGCAAGGAGCUCGAGAUUGAGGGCGCAGAGGGUGAAGAGACCAUUCGACGAAAGAAGGCUUUCGAUCCCACCAGACGCGCCAAGAUUGAUGAGCGCAGCGUAUACGUCAAGGGCUUUGGCGAGGAGACCCAGUCCACUCAGUUCGAUAUUGAGGCAUUCUUUGCUCAGUACGGCCAGACCAACUCUGUUCGUCUCCGACGAGGAGACGACCAGGGCUUCAAGGGCUCCGUCUUUGUCGAAUUUGCUGACCAAGAGACCGCCGACAAGUUCCUGGCUCUUGAUCCCAAGCCCAAGUGGAAGGAACACGACCUGCUGAUUAUGCCAAAGCUGGAGUAUGUGAAGCAAAAGAACGAAGAAAUUAGAGACGGUAAGCGUGAGCUCUCAGACUCUAGGCACCGCGGUCGUGGUAACUUCAAGGGCGGUCGGGGCGGCUCGGACAACUGGAAGGACCGCCGUGACCGCGACCAGAGAAACGGCCAUCGUGACCAGCGCGGAGGCCGGGGUCGUGGACGGGGUAACCGGGGCCGUGGCAGAGACCACGGUGGUUCGCGCCGGGAUCAGGAGGACAAGCCCAAGGCCCCAACUGGCGACGGCAGGCCCAAGAUCCACACUAGCGAGGACAAGCCUGCAGAUGCCAGCGCAGGCGAGAAGCGUCCUCGUCAGGAUGACGGUGCCGAAGCUCCUCCAGCUAAGAAGGUGGAUACCAAGGAGCCUGCUCCUGCUGAGAGCUCGUAG